UAAAUUGUACACUUGAAGAAGCAAGUAAACUGAAAACCAUGGCGGCUUCCUCUAGAAGAAGAGUGCUAGUUGGCUGCACCGGCAGCGUCGCCACGAUCAAGCUGCCGCAGCUAGUGGAUACGCUGCGGCAGAACAAUCUAGAGGUAAGGGUGGUCGUGACGGAGCGGGCCAAGCACUUCCUGAAGGACGCGCAGCUGUCGCCGGAGAUCCAAGUGCUGUCCGACACGGUCGAGUGGGCCGCCUGGCAGGACCGGGGCGAUCCGGUGCUGCACAUAGACCUGGUGAAGUGGGCGGACGUGUUCGUAAUAGCACCGCUGGAUGCCAAUACUCUGGGCAAGAUCGCCAGCGGCAUCUGCGACAACAUCGUCACCUGCGUGGCGCGCGCCUGGGACCCGACCAAACCGCUGCUCUUCUGCCCGGCCAUGAACACCAAGAUGUGGGAACACCCGGUCACCAUGCCGCAAGUAUCGCUGCUCAAGUCUUGGGGCUACAAGGAGGUGCACUGCGUGUCGAAGACGCUGAUGUGCGGUGAUACAGGGAUGGGCGGGAUGGCCGAGGUGGACACAAUCGUACGGUUUACUCUGCGAGCCUUGAAUCCUUGGAGCGACCCACCGGACGACUAUCCCUAGCAGCGACCACGGUCGUUCUCCUCGUGCGACUCUCGUCGACGUACUCGCGAGUACCGCCGAUGAGACUCUCUCACGUCGAGAACGCACCGUCAAGCUAUCCAAAGACGCGCUAUGGUGCGAUUCGAACGUACGCUUAGUAAAAUACACGCAAAUUUCAUGCUUGUCUGACAAAAUCGGAGCGAGCCUAAGGCCUGGAUAUCCGGGGCCGUGUACGAUUUAUGUGAUAAGCAACUGCUUAUGUUCAUCAAUGGAAAAGUCUGUCGUUAAGUUUUCCUGUGUAUUACGAUAUUCCGCGAGAACUCUUAUUCUCCCGCUGUUUUCGCAAGAUGAAUUAUUGUAUAACGUGAUAAUUAGAGUGUUAAUUAGAGCUCUGUAGACGCUACGUACGAUGCGAGACCCGAGUUUGAACGCAUCAUGGUCGCUAUUCUUUGCUCAACCCGAGAAUAAAUCAAUCGUAUCGAGAGGAACAAACGAGAUAUCGAAGCCGUAAGUUUAUCUGUCCAAAAGUUGCCGAAAUACGGUGUAUAAAAAAUGCUACAAAGGGAAAGGCAGAUUCUGUUGACAUAUCCUGUAAAGUUGAUCCGCCGGAAUGUACAUGCUUUUGUUAAAUAUAUGAACGACAAAUAUAUGCAACGUUUAUCCUAAGAA